AGACCACAAAACGGAUUAGGACAAUAACGCCGUUAAUCAGUUAACGGCGACCAGAGUCUCUUUCUCUUUCUUUCUUUCUUUCUUUCUCUCUCUCUCUCUCUCUUCAUGAUUUCUUUGUCUCUCUCUCUCUCAUCUCAUCUCAUCUCCUGAUCACCAAACCCACCAUCGGAGGUCACGCCUUGUCUUGUGUUUGUUAAAUCGGGUCUGUUCUAGUCUGCUCUAUUCUAUAUUAUUAUUUCUUCUUUUUAUUUUUUAAUUAUCUGUUUCAAAAAUCAGAGCGAUCUGUUGUUCUCUCAGAGGGGGCGAGGAGGAAUCUCGCCGGGAGGGUACCGUCGCUCGCCGGAAACUCCAUGAAUUCCGGCAAGAGGCUCUGAAUCGUCCGGCGAGAGGAGAGAGAGAGAGAGAGAGAGAGAGAGAGAGGAGAGAGAGACAGACAGAGACAGUUGGUUUCUUGUUGUUAGGGGGAAAAAGAAGAUUAAAAAAAUUGGGAGAAUACAUGUGGUUAACGUGCAAUGUAGGAAGGGAAAAAAGAAGAGAGAGAGAGAGAAAGAGAGAGAAGGCAUCAAGGCUUUGGAGGUUCUUGCACGGAACAGAUGCUUAGAUCCCUUAUUCAAUCUCCUUCCCUCCCUUGCCUUAUGCCGUAAUUCAUUCUAUUUCUCUUCCCUCUCUCUCAAUCCUUAGCCUUCCUUUGCCUUCAAUUCGUUUAAAUUCUUCGCCUAUGUGUCUUUGUUUCUCUCUCCCAAUUUCAUUUCCACAGUUGCAAGUUCAGUUUUUUUGACUCUCCCUCAGAUGGCUUUCAUUUUCAAUUUUUAAAAUAAAAGUACUUGUUCCUGCGUGAUGAAGAUGUUUAAAGUUUUCUUUUAUCCAUUUCCAUCUCUCUGAUGCUUGCCUGGUGUAAAGAAAUUUUUUUCUCCAACAAGUCUUGAAACUUUUCAAUUGUCUAUAGAAUUGAAGCAUUGGUGAAAGCCAGUGAACGAACAGUAUUCAAUUUUCCUGUGAUUUUUUGAUUCUGGCUUCACCAUGCUGUCGGAAAUGAUGGACCUAAAUGGCUUGUCAUCAUCAUCGUCUUUCUUCUCUGAGGAAUUGUGUUUUCCUAAUGAGGUGUAAAAAUGGACGGAGUAUUAGGAACAGCAGGCGGAAAUUCAGUUGUCUCAUCACCCCUCGAGAAACGGAUGUCAGUCAAAUCUCAGAUGGUCAAGUCUUUCGAACUUUUUGAUCCAUAUCUAAUCCGAGACCAGAAAGUUAAUCUUAGCUCAGAGAAGAAUGCAGUGGGAGCAGAGAGAGCAGUCAGUCGCUCCUUGCAGAGACCUAUUGACCAUGAUUCAGGAAUGAGAUCUAAUUUCAAUAUAGCGCCAGCAUCUUAUUCUAUGGAAGGUGAUGAAAAUCGUGUCAUGGGCACACAGUACGAGAACGGUCUCUUCUCAAGCUCAUUGUCAGAAUUGUUUAGCAGAAAAAUGAGAUUAACAUCAAAUAAUGGUUUUAAUGCCCAUUCUGUUGGUGCUGCUGCCUCCCAUUAUGAGGAAGAUGAACCUUUUGAAUCCCUUGAGGAAAUUGAGGCACAAACUAUUGGAAAUCUCCUCCCUAAUGACGAUGACUUGUUUUCUGGGGUAACUGAUGGGUUUGAUUUCAUGGGCCAAUCCAAUAAUGGCGAAGAUAUUGAAGAUUUAGACCUUUUUAGCAGUGUUGGGGGGAUGGACUUGGGAGAAGAUGGCUUCCCUACAGAACAGAGAGAUUCUGAAAUUUCUGGAGGAAAUCCCAAUAGUGAGCUGGAUGGAUCGAUUAGUUCAGUUGCUGGGGAACACCCUUACGGGGAACACCCAUCUCGAACACUGUUUGUGCGUAAUAUAAAUAGUAAUGUUGAAGAUUCUGAGUUACGGGCCCUUUUUGAGCAAUAUGGGGAUAUCCGCACUCUUUAUACAGCAUGCAAGCAUAGGGGCUUUGUUAUGAUAUCAUAUCAUGAUAUUAGAGCAGCUCGAACUGCAAUGAGAGCACUUCAAAACAAACCAUUGAGACGUAGGAAGCUUGACAUACAUUACUCGAUUCCAAAGGACAACCCUCCAGAGAAAGAUAUUAACCAAGGCACUCUUGUGGUUUUUAACCUCGAUUCUUCUGUUUCAAAUGAGGAACUCCGUCAAAUUUUUGGUGUAUACGGCGAAAUUAAGGAGAUCCGUGAGACUCCACACAGAAGCCAUCACAAAUUUAUAGAAUUUUAUGAUGUUAGGGCUGCAGAGACUGCUCUUCGUGCAUUGAACAGGAGUGAUAUUGCUGGGAAGCGGAUUAAGCUUGAACCAAGCCGUCCUGGGGGUGCUAGACGUUUGAUGCCACCAUUUCCUCCGGAAAUUGAACAAGAAGAAUAUGGUCCAUAUCUACAACAAAGUAGCUCCCCUAAUAACUCUACAAUAGGAUUUUCUGGUCCAGUUUCACAUCUGGGAAUCACAUCUUCUGGCAUGGAUAACGGACCUGUUCAAGGGGUACACUCAACAAUCAGAAGCCCUGUUAGUCCAUUCCUGGAAAAUGUGUUCAAUCAUGGGAUCUCAUCUAGUGUUCCUAACAGUUUACCCUCUCUGGUUAGAGUUGAAUCACUUGGCAAUCAAUCCAGUCUCCACGAAUCUGGCCACUCACAGGGCCAGCUUAAAUUUGAAUUCCAAGGAACACCCAAUUUUCAUCCUCAUUCACUUCCAGAGUAUCAUGAUGGUUUAACUAAUGGUGCUCCGUGCAAUUCUCUGGGCAUGGCUGCAAAUAUUAUUUCCAGACCAACAGAAAGAAUUGAGAACCAGCAGUUCUGCAGAUUAAGCUCAAAUGGGCAUCCACUUGAACUGAAUGGUGCCGGUAAGUGCAAUGGAUAUCGAGUUUUUGGUUCUUCCGGAAAUGGGAGCUGUCCCCCUCCAGGACAUCAUUAUAUCUGGAGUAAUUCAACUCACCGGCAGCCUCAAGGCUUGAUGUGGCCAAACUCACCAACACUUGUCAACGGGUUUUCUACCGCUCAUCAUUCCCCACAGUUGCAUGCACUUCCCAGGGCACCAUCUCAUAUGCUGAACACUCUUUUACCCAUAAAUAAUCACCAUGUGGGAUCGGCACCAUCUGUGAAUCCUUCUAUCUGGGAUAGACGACACACCUAUGCUGGUGAAUCCCCUGAUGCUUCUGGCUUUCAUCCAGGUUCUCUUGGGAACAUGAGAAUUUCUGGUAAAUCACCGCAUCAUUUGGAAUUUGUUUCCCAAAACAUGUUUCCUCGUGUCGGUGGAAACUGUAUGGACCUGUCUAUCCCCUCCAAAAAUAUUGGAUUGCGCUCCCAUCAUCCAGGGUGUAUGAUGUUUCCUGGCCGAUGCCAAAUGAUUCCUCCUAUGAUGAGUUCAUUUGAUUCUCCUAAUGAACGGGCUAGAAACCAUAGAAUUGAAGGCGGUUCAAACCAGGCUGAUAACAAGAAACAGUUUGAACUUGACAUUGACCGCAUAAUGCGAGGGGAAGACAACCGGACGACCCUUAUGAUAAAGAAUAUUCCUAACAAGUAUACUUCGAAGAUGCUUUUAGCUGCAAUUGAUGAUCGCCAUCGGGGAACUUACGAUUUCAUUUAUCUACCCAUUGAUUUUAAGAACAAAUGCAAUGUGGGUUAUGCAUUCAUCAACAUGACCGACCCUUCCCUGAUUAUCCCAUUCUAUCAGGCAUUCAAUGGAAAGAAAUGGGAAAAGUUUAACAGCGAAAAGGUCGCAUCACUUGCUUAUGGUCGCAUACAAGGAAAAACUGCUCUCAUUGCCCAUUUCCAGAACUCAAGCUUGAUGAAUGAAGAUAAGCGAUGCCGACCUAUCCUCUUCAACACUGAUGGUCCCAAUGCAGGUGAUCAGGUGCCCUUCCCUAUGGGUGUUAACAUUCGAUCCAGGCCCAGCAAAACUCGAGCCAUUACCAGUGAGGAAAACGAUGAAGAAAGCACAUCAAAUUUUCCAAAUGGGGAGGAAUAUUUCAAUGGGGACUCAUCUUCAGGAUCUGCCAAGGAUUCGGACUGAGCAAUGCUUUUCCUUUUUGUGGGCACUAACCCUCUAGAAUGAAACCAAAUAAUAUUUAAAUUAAAUUCACCCCAAAUUUUAGUAUCGUGUUAGGGGUGGUUAAGAGCAAGCAGGAAAAAAAAAUUUUCUUUUUGGUGCUCCUUGAAAGCCUCCUAAAAAUCAGAGAACGAAUGCUUGAACAAAGUUGAAUGAGUAAGCAGUUCAAAAAAACAAAGGAGCAACAAGUGGAGCUUUGAAGUUUUGUUCAACAGUUUUGGGAAUGCUAUUUCAAAAUAUGUAUGUAUAGGAGUUUCUGAGCUAUGGAGAAAUAUUUGCUGCACUGGGAGGGGGCUUCUCUACUAUUAACUUUUCUCAUUUUCGGCUUCUGCUUCUUCUCUUCUCUUUUUUUUUCUUUUUUCUUUCAUGUUGUCUGUUAAGAAGUAAAGACGAGAACUCAGGUGGUUAAAUUUUUUUUGAAGUGGUGAACUGAUGAUGAUGUCUUGUACAAUUGCUUUGCGGUUCGGGGAGAGAGGAGAGAGAUGUGAGGGGGUCUUUUGCAAUGGCUUGUCACCUUCUCUUCUAAAUGCAGAUACUCUGCUUUUUUGUACUUACCUAGCUAGGCAUGUUCUGUUUUGAUCUGUUAAUGUUAAUAUUUGGUUUAUCUAACCACAAUUGAUGU